AUGGAUGGUAGUGUUCCGGUACAAGGCACGGCCCCUCGCGCCUGGUUUGAAAAGCUUAGAGGAGUACUGUUGAAAAAGGAUUUUCAAAAUUCUCCUCAGACAGCAGCUUGUUCAUUCAUUCAUUCACAAAGUCCUGUACAGAAGUGUUAUUGGCAGUCUGCAAUAUUUGACAAUGACAUGACCAGAUUUGGCAUUGUUGUGAAUAGAUUAAGUCAGUUUUUGCAAAGUCCAUCUAUGUCCCAUUGGGUUGCCUGUAAAAGAGUCCUCCGUUAUAUCAAAGGUACUCUUGAUGUUGGUCUUCAGUUUCAGCUUUCCCAAAAUCCAGUAUUAGAAGGCUUUGCUGAUGCAGAUGUGGCCAAUGAUCUGAAUGAUAGAAAAUCAACCAGCGGCUUCUGUAUUUAUCUCUUUGGCAAUCUUGAUCUGGGUAUCUUGCAAACAAAAGGUGGUGGCUUUGAGUUCUACAGAAGCUGA